AUGGAAAAACUCUUCCUGCCUCUCUUGAUGCUUGGCACCAUGGCGAGAGCGCAGCAUUGCCCCGGGCGCUGCAUCUGCCAGAACAUCUCCCCGACGCUGACCAUGCUGUGCGCCAAGACGGGCCUCCUCUUCGUCCCGCCCUCCAUCGACCGGCGCACGGUGGAGCUGCGCCUGACCGACAACUUCAUCACCGUCAUCCGCCGCAAGGACUUCUCCAACAUGACCAACCUGGUGCACCUCACCCUCUCGCGCAACACCAUCAGCCAGAUCCUGCCCUUCGCCUUCUCCGACCUGCGUGCCUUACGAGCCCUGCACAUGAACAGCAACCGCCUGGCCGUCCUGAAGAACGAGCACUUCCGGGGACUCGGCAACCUCCGGCACCUCAUCCUGGGGAACAACCAGAUCAGCCGCAUCGAGGCAUCCUCCUUCGACGAGUUCCUCGCCACCGUGGAAGACCUGGACCUCUCCUACAACAACCUGGAGACGCUCCCCUGGGAGGCCGUCGGCCAGAUGGUGAGCCUCAACACCCUGACGCUGGACCACAACCUCAUCGACCACAUCGCCGAGGGCACCUUCUCCCAGCUCCACAAGCUGGUGAGGCUGGACAUGACCUCCAACCGGCUGCAGAAGCUGCCCCCGGACAACCUCUUCCUGAGAGCUCAAGUCAUGGCCAACGCUCGCGGGACUCACCCGUCCACCUUGACCAUCAGCUUCGGCGGCAACCCGCUGCACUGCAACUGCGAGCUCCUCUGGCUCCGGCGGCUGACGAGGGAAGACGACUUGGAGACCUGUGCCUCCCCAGAGCACCUGAUGGACAAGUACUUCUGGUCGAUCCCCGAGGAGGAAUUCAUCUGCGAGCCCCCCCUCAUCACCCGCCAGUACUCCACCAAGGCGUUCAUCAUGGAAGGCCAAGGGGUGAGCCUGAAGUGCAAAGCGGUGGGCGACCCGGAACCCUCCAUCCACUGGAUCGCCCCCGACGGCAAGCUGAUCCACAACACCACCCGCAUGACGGUCUAUGACAACGGCACGCUGGAGGUCCUCAUCACCACCCUGAAGGACAACGGCAUCUUCACCUGCAUUGCCUCCAACGCCGCCGGAGAGGCCACGGCCCCCGUGGAGAUCUACAUUGUGCCCCUGCCACUGCUGGUCAACAACACCGGCCACAUGAAGGAGCCCGACCCCGGCUCCUCGGACAUCACCACCUCCACCAAAUCGGGGGCCAACGACACGAAGAACCACCUGGACAAGAAGAUCGUGGCGGCCGAUCUGACGUCCACCUCGGUGGUCAUCCACUGGCCUUCCGAGCGGCACAUCCCCGGCAUCCGCAUGUACCAGAUCCAGUAUAACAGCAGCCUAGAUGACUCUCUGGUUUACAGGAUGAUCCCCUCGUCAAGCAAGACUUUUCUGGUCAACGACCUCGCAGCGGGCAGAGACUACGACCUCUGCGUCUUGGCUGUGUACGACGACGGGGUGACGUCCCUCACGGCCACGCGGGUGGUGGGCUGCGUCCAGUUCACCACCGAGGGGGAGGGCACCCAGUGCCACUCGCUGCACACCCAGUUCCUGGGGGGCACCAUGAUCAUCAUCAUCGGCGGCAUCAUUGUGGCCUCCGUGCUGGUCUUCAUCAUCAUCCUCAUGAUCCGCUACAAGGUCUACAGCGGCCAGGACGAGCACAAGAAGGCCAGGGUCAGCAACGUCUACUCCCAGACCAACGGGAGCCAGCCCCCCGCCCCCGCCCCCCUGCCCCUUUCGGCCUCCAAGGCUGGGGAGGACAAAUACGAAACCCUCCAAGAUGUCAGCUCCAAGGAAACCACGGCGCUCGCCGGAGAAACCAAGGGAGAUCCCGGCGACGGUCAAGACGUCGCCUUGACGGAGCUGGAGAAGAGGGCCGCCAAGAAGGCUUCAGACCUCCAGACGGUGGCCAUCUUGUCCUCCGAGGAAGGACAGACAGAGAGCAGCGUGACCGGCUCGUCGGUCUCCCUGUGCCUCCUGAAGGACACUGGCGCGGGGGCCCAGCUCCGCGCCAAGAGGAGCGGCAGCGGCCCGGGGGUCUUCCCCCGUGAACUGUCCAGGACUCACCACCACCGACACUCCUUCGACGGGGAUUACUCUCUUUUCCAGAGCCACAGCUACCCUCGCCGGGCACGGACAAAAAGACACCUGUCCACCUCGCAGUUGAACUCGGAAGAGUGUCCCCUGAGUCAGCGGCGGGUCAUUUUUAGCAGCACGGAAUGGAUGCUGGAAAGCACAGUCUGA